UGAGUGCAUCCGAGACUUAUCAUUUGCGAACCUACUUUUCUGCCAAAUCACAUAAUAACUUACAUUUUUGUUAAUCUACGCCAUUAUUAUUCAAGGUAUCAAAGACGACCCUGAAGCUAUAUAAACUUCAUAAGUUCUUUCCGUGCAACCUUUCGAAUAUGGCCUCUUUAAGCUGCGGUUAUAAGUGUCUGCAGAUUCUUUUAGUGAUAUUUAAUAUCCUUGUUUUUGCAUGUGGAAUUGCUUUGAUAGUGAUUGGGAGUCUCUCUCAAGUUGCUAUUAAUAACUACUCUUCUGGGAUCGAUUCAAGCAUCAAAGGUCUCGUAAUCUUCGUGAUAGUACUCGGAUGCUUCCUAUUUUUGCUUGGAUUUCUCGGAUUUUGUGGGGCAUGUACCAAAAAUACUUGUUGUCUAAUCUUGUACGCAAUUCUUCUGUCAAUCAUGGUUGCGGCUGAAAUAGCGGCAGGAAUAACGGCUGCUGUGCUGAGAGACGAAGUAAAAUCUCAGUUCCUAUCUUUGGUUAAAAGCUCCGUCAAUGAAUAUAGCAAGAAUCCGGACUUUAAGGAUUUCUUAGACAAGAUACAACAAGAGUUUCAAUGUUGCGGCUCUGAAUCCUCAAGUGACUACACAUCAUCUGGACAAACCGUCCCUGACUCAUGUAAAGAUACAAAAACUAAGGCUAUAUACUCAGAUGUAAGUUGAGAGAAAUUUUGUUUUGGCUUCAAAAUAUCUUCUUAACUUUUAUAUUUCUUCAAAAAUCUAUGAGAUGUGAUGUGGGAUGUUCCAUUAUUUCAAUACGUUUCUUAUAUUAACUAUUUAAAGGAUGUUUAAACUUAUAAAAUGUGUUGAAAUAAUAACGAGCAACGGAAAAGUGAAAAUUAAAAUCUUUGUACAUGAGUGAAAGCUAAUCUAUCAAAUCUCAAUGGUAAACUGCUUUGAAUGUUUGUACAAGCUUGAAAUCCCGAAUAAAUACUUUGUGAAAUGCCUGUUAACAGUCAAUUUUAAAGUACUACUAUCUUCAGCCAACGUGACUACUCAGGACUUACUGUUUCCUGGAGUUGUGAACAUGAUCUUCUGUUUGCUUUCUUCACUGAUAUGAAUAGAAUAGGAGGUUUUUUGACCUACGCCGUGAGAUUUCAGACUCAGGAAGUACCUCAAGAUGUUUGCAGUUAGAACCACAUGAUCAUUGCAAAUGACUACCCAAAUUUCGGGUACGCAAAAUAUUACCAAUGUGUAGAUAUUAUGACCACCUUCAAUCAAUUUUAAAACACGUUAAAAAUCUUUGAUAUUCAGCCUUGUUUACAGUCUGGAAAUUCUCGUUUAUACUCAGGUGCUAAUAGUAGUCAUUUCAUUAAACUUUCAGGAUCACACUUCAAGCCAGAACUAUAUCUGGUAGUUCAUAUUUAUAAAUUUAGACGUUCGGCCUAAUAUCGUCCAUAAACUUGGUGAGCAUUGCACACUGACUUUGUAUGAUGGGGUAAAGUUAGUGAUCAUAGUUGUAGAGAUCUGCUUUUCAAGUGAAUCAUGUCUGAUCACAUCCCUACUAAGUGGCAUUGUUACUUGAGUCAGCAUUUAAUAAAGAAUAAUGAUUGCACACUGGAUACAAUUAUUAGUACGACGGCAAAUAUGUUUGACCGUUAUUAGUGUGGUUCAACUCACGCUUUUACUUUUCACAGUAGUGGAUAGAUAAUCUUGACCAGUGAGGUUUGCAUUUGUCUGAAGAGCACAUCAAAUCACAAAUGUUUUCCUUGCUUGCUUGCUUGCCACUAGAGUACGCUGUUUCUGGGUGAGGCAUGGUAUAAACAUAGGUGAUUAUUUAAACUGAUGACCAACACUCUGAGUCAGCCAUGGAUAUCGCACACUAUCUCCGGUCAUUUUGAAAACACAGACCAUGUUUCCAGGAUACCACCCACCCGACGUUAAAAGAUUUUGACCUCUAACAUCAGAAAUAGGACAAUUAUUUCCUGAAACUUGAUCUCUAUUUUAGUCAAACGUAAUAAUGUUCUUUUUAAUUUCAGGGUUGUUCAUACAAAGUAAUCUCCUUCUUUGAAAAGUACAUUGUCGCCGUUUUAGUAGCGGCAUUUGUAUUCGCUAUCCUUCAAUUAUUGUGUAUUGUUUUUGCUAUCUGUGUUAUUCGAGCUAUCAAAUCUGGCGAUUCUGACUGAGAUUAAAAUUAUUGAAGGUUUAAACACCAAAUUUGAUUUUCCAAAAGCCUUUGAAUUUAUAUAAUUAAAUCUCUUUUUCUUCAUAUUUUUAUUUUAUUGUCAUUUAUUAAACACAUAAUGGAAUUUUGUAUUUUGUUCAAAAAACAUUAAAAAAGAACAUGAAUAAGCAAAGGUUACUGGACUUAAUAUUGUAAUAUCAACGGAAAAUAUAAAAUCUAAGUAAUGUUUUCGGACUUAUCUUUUCAUUUGCCUUUAUUGAUUGUUUAAAUGAAUUAAACUGACACGCUGCUUCUUACCAAAUGUGGAGUUAUGUCAGCAAAGUGUAUAGACACUUCACAUUCUACUACUUCUGUAACUUCACAUUUGACAAACAAUAAACAUAGAUUAGAAGGAUCCGAACUAGUUCUAAAUAAAACAACUUAUUGACAAAUAGUGUUACGAUAAUGUCAAUAAUUUUGAUUAUUUUACUCAUUAAAACUCCG